UGGGUGUUACACCCACCGGAAACGGUCUCUGCAGAGCCAGCAGAAAAUGAAAGCAAGCAGAUGUAAUAUCAGUUUUAUUGGGUUUAUUUUUUAUAUUUCAUCCUGCACGUAUUUGAGUUCAAAGUCAUAAUCGUGCGGAUCAUUGUGGAGAUACCCAGUGGAAUGACAGGACUCCUGUGCGUGGGGCUUGAUGAAGUAGUGCGCCGACUGUGCAGGAAACAUCUCACCGGCCCGGAGUAGACUGUGGUGGACAAGGCAGAGCGGUCCUGCCCCCUUCAAUGACCAACCUUGAGUGCCAGCGAUAAAGUCUCUGCUGGAGACACUGUAACCAUGGAAGACAACCAUGAUGUCCUUAAGUAAUAUUACCGCCGAGCCCGUAGUUUGACGGUUUCAAGAUGCUCGACCGGCAGUGCUCCUUGAGGCUCCCACUUGCCUGAUAGUAACGUUUCAGGCCUGCUUUUUCCAUCUGGAAAUUUCUUGGCAGGAGAAAGCAGGCCAGCUAGCACCGCUAGCGUUAGCCUUUUUAGCGCUUUAUCUCUGGGCUUUGAUGGUGCAGCUUUUUCCAUGACCACGCCAUUGACAUCGAUGUCUAUCAAUUCGAGGACCUUAUAACUUCAAAAGUGUUUUAUGGGAUUCCUUUCGGCGAAAGAGAAGUGGGCCUAAGCCAAAAUGGUGAACUGGAGGCGGCUGCUGCGAAUGUCCAACCGAUCGUUUCUGGCCUUCAUAUUCUUCUUCUCUAUGUCCACCACAUGUCUCUACUUUAUUUAUGUGGCUCCUGGAAUAGCCAAUACAUACUUCUUCAUGGUGCAGGCUCAAGGCAUCAUGUUGAGGGACAAUGUGAGGACCAUUGGCCAGAUGAUCAGAUUGUACACUAACAAAAACAGUACCCUCAAUGGGACAGACUAUCCUGAUGGCAGUAACUCCAGUGAAUACCUGGCCCAACCAACCACAUACCUCCCUGAAAACUUCACCUAUGCCCAGAACCUCCCCUGUCCAGAACGAUUACCUUCUAUGAAGGGCCUUAUGGAAGUUAACAUGACAGAGAUCCCUAUGGAGGAGAUAGAAGUAAAAUUCUCCAAGUUUUUUGACAUUGAGUUUGGAGGCCAUUGGAAACCAAAGGACUGCAGACCUCGUUGGAAGGUGGCCAUCCUAAUACCAUUUAGAAACCGUCAUGAACAUCUCCCUAUCCUCUUCCAACACCUCAUCCCCAUGCUACAGAGACAGCGGCUGCAAUUUGCCUUCUACGUCAUUGAACAGAGUGGGAGCCAGCCCUUCAACAGAGCUAUGCUGUUCAAUGUUGGAUUCCUGGAGGCGAUCAAGGACUUAGACUGGGACUGCUUUGUUUUCCAUGAUGUUGACCAUAUCCCUGAGAAUGACCGAAACUACUACGGCUGUGGUCAAAUGCCUCGCCACUUUGCUGCCAAGUUGGACAAAUACAUGUACAUCCUUCCGUACAGCGAGUUCUUUGGUGGUGUGAGUGGACUUACUGUGGAGCAGUUUCGCAAGAUCAAUGGCUUUCCCAAUGCCUUCUGGGGGUGGGGAGGGGAGGAUGAUGACUUGUGGAACAGGGUUCACUAUGCUGACCUGAAUGUCACACGACCAGAGGGAGAAAUUGGCAAGUACAAGUCAAUUCCUCACCACCACAGAGGAGAAGUGCAGUUUCUUGGGAGGUAUAAACUGUUGAGGUAUUCCAAAGAGCGACAACACUUGGAUGGCCUCAACAACAUCCGUUACAGCCCCCACAUUUCCCUCAGCAGCCUCUACAAGAACAUCUCGGUGGACCUGUACCCUGAGCUUGCCCCUAUUACAGACUACUGAACUGCUCCAACCAACUCUUCUACACUCCCCCAGCUCACCCAGCACCCCUCCGACCUGGCCUCCUGGCACCCCCUUCAGCCGUUCAGAGGUAGAGCUGUGGCAAAGAGGAGGGAGGAACAGGCUGGGAGGGAUGAAAAGGUGCACUGUAUACUGCUGCCAAGAAAUCUUACUGUGGAUAAUAAAGAAAAUCCAACUUGAAAAAAAUAUUUUAAAAAAAGAAGGAGGCCUUGGCAAGUCUCUUAAAGUGAACUAUGUGUGCGAGUGUGUGAGAGCGUUGAAUGCAUUGCUGCAUGUCUUUUUGUUCGUGCCAGCUUAAGUACUACAAGUUGACAUGAGUGUUGAUUUCAGCUGGGGGGCGGGGUGGGGGCAGCAGCGUCUUGAGUGAUGUUUACUGCAAAGCCUUAAUGUGGCAGAACCACAGCUCCCUCUGCUCAGCUCCGCACUGCUUCACUUCUGAUGUAUCACCAUCACCUUACAAGCCAACAGACAAGUUCCUAUCAAUUUGCGUUAACAUUUGUUUUACACAUAUCAUUUUGUUAGGUCACAGUAUUUCUUUAAAAGCAGGGACACAAAUUCAACAUUAUUGUUUGUAAUGUACUUUACAAAAAAAUUGAUACAUGGUAUUUAUUUUCUUUGAUUCUGGAUGUUCGAAAAAGCAGUCCUGUCUGUGUCACUGUUUGCUGUUUGUUUUGCUGCACUGCUGCUGAAUCCGCAUGAACAUGUUUGUAAAUAUCAGCCUCUUAAUGCCCGAGCACAGAACACAAAUAUGUAAAUAUGGGCCUUUAAAACCUUGGACAUAUUACAGUGAUAUUCCAGUUGGUUUGAUUUUUAUUUUGGCAGCUACCUUUGUUUUGAGGAUUUAAUAAGAGUGGUUUCUUCCUAACAGGAAGCUCUUCUAAAGACAUAAGAUGUUUGGCGCAGAAAAGUAUCCAAAUCUCAAGAUUUGACAUUAUCUUUUGCAUGCCUUAAUUUAUUUUUGUUUUCUACAUGUUGCUUUUUUAAAGAUUUUUUUCAUCAGGUGGAGAUGUGCAUAUUUUUAAUUUUGCCUUUCGUUGUGCUUCUCUUUUUUUGAGGUAUUUUGUGUGAAAAGUAUAGAGCUGCUCCUCAAUAGGAGGUGAAGAGUGAAUGAGUCUCUCCGCCAUGACUUGGAUGAAGGAGAAGGGUUGGCAAUUAGGAGUGUCCACACACAUGCUUUGGUGCAGGUUUUAUGAUCUAAUGUAAAUGUAUAUUUUUUCUGAAAUGUGUCUUUAGUUUUUUUUUUAAUGAUUUUUAUUUUAGUAAUUUUAAGUUCUGGACCACACGAUGAAGCUCUUCAUUGUACUGUACCAUGCACUGAAGCAUGGCGAUUUGGGCUGGAUGCUGUGUGUUUGGACUGUAAUGUCAUUGUGUUUUCAAAGCCUGCAAAGCGGUGAGAAGAGCCAGAAUGAGAGAACAUUAGUGUCAGCUCCUCAUAGUUGAUGUUACAGCUGUUCUUGAAUGGCACAUGCUGUGAAUACUUUAAUUUCCUAUGGCUUUGAGCAGUGGAUGAGCAUAGAAAGAUGGAGACAAACAUGUAGACAUGUUGACCAAAGGCUCACUGUUGUGAUUCUCCUCUGUGUCUCUAGGUUUUGCAUUUGACCAUGAAUUGUAUGUUUGGACAUAUUCUUUGUAUGUCCUGAAAUGUUAAAUUAAAACUGUGGCCAUUUUUGACCUGGACCUUAACUACUUACUAUUUAAUAUUUGUUAAUGGCUUCAUGAGGAAUGCCUAAGAAUUCUCUACACACUGUGUGACUUUGGUCUUUAAUUGUCGGCCCAAAUUGUAGUCCUGCUAUUUAGAGAUUAGAGCUUUGGUGAGAUACCACCAAAUCUUCUCUACAGUAGUACGAUUAAUACCUACAUCUACAAACCAAUGAGUCUGAAUAAGACAUGAGACACACACUUCCAACCCAACAGAUGUGCUCAAAUUGGUACCACAUUAGUUGUGUAUUUUAUAAUUGUGCCAUUGUUAAUGUUACAAAAUGUUUGUGGGGAAAAAACUUGCCACUCGGCCCUUUAUUUAUGUUGUGGUAUACCCAAGCAGAUGGAGUUUGCAUAUCAUGAAACUGUAAAUGUAUAGAUAGUUGCAGAUGGACAACUAUCUGCAAAUUCAUGCAAAAAUGAUGGAAGACUCUACAAUGGCUCCAAAGGGAAUGUUGUGGUAAGAUGAGCUGCAAAUAAAUAAACUUAAACCUAAAAAUUAAAAACAAUAAUAUACAGUUUUAAAACAUGAGUGGCAUCAGAUGUAUGAUGAUGUGCUGACAUGUUAUUGCUUGCAUAUUUAUGUUUUUGUUUUUAGAGAUGAAACUUUUAGUCAGUACGCUGACAGAAGGUUAAUCUGGAGUUAUUUUAAUCACUAAACAGUUCUUUAAGUCAGUUAAAGCAUGAUGCCAAAAUUCAUUCCAUCCACCUUUUCAAAAUGCAACAUAUUUUUAAUGUAAAAAAAAUAUUUUUAGUUUGUUUAAAAACAGAAGUAAUUCAGAUACAUUACAUUUGCAGCCCUCAUUUUGCUUUUUGUGUAUGUUCUAGUGUAGUGAUUGAUCAAGCAUUCUGACUUGCCUCAGCAGUAAUCUGACUUGAGCUCAGUAAUGGUGACCCAGGCUGUUUUCCAUCCAUCUCUUGUGUUACAGAAUGAACCUGUAAGAUAGCUGCUGUCACACAGUGUGUAGGGUUUGCAAUCAUGCCAGUAUUGUUCUCGUGAUUCUCCUGUUAGUAUAAGCAGGCCAAUAAAAGCAUGUCUUAUAUCAGAAUGGUGACACAAAAAUUUUUUUUAUGUCCGUUAAUCCAAGGCCUCUUAAUCAAGUAUUUAUUUGCACCACUUUUCAAGAAGGGGGUUUUGUUGUUCAUUUACUAAACUUUCAUUAUUUAUUAUUUGUGGUAAAUAUUUGGAGUAGCAAACACUUGAAGGCCUGAUACAGGCAGACAUUUAGUAAAGCAGUUGAUCAGACCAUUUAUGGAUAGAUUAGACAAAGAAAAUGUGGUUCAGGUAUGAAAUGGCCAGUGACAUUUAUCUUUUUGUUCUGUACUUUAAGAGUAUUGCAUAUCAGUCAGUGUACUUGAGGUACCUUCACACAAAUGCUGCAAGGACUGCAUGGAAAGCCUGUCACCACUAAUAACCUCCCACAAAGUCUUUGGCAUUGUUGAACCCAAUGCUACAAUCCAGGCUACUUGUGUAUACCUCCAAACCUUUAACACUUGUUAUGUGGAUCAGAAUGGCACUAUGAGCAGAAUCACCAGUCUAACAUUGUGCAGGGCAAGACUGAUUUCUGAAUCUCUGCCACUCAGCUUAAUUUCACAUACCAAGUAUCUCAGAAUAAGUACUCAAGUUUUUGAUUGUGAAUAUGUUUAGAAACUAACAGUUUAGCGAGGGAUUACACGAAAUCCUCUGUACUUGCAACCUUUUUUGGUCAUGCCCGAAAAAACAGAUAAUACUCUUAGAAAGAUGAACUUGGCUCUUGUACUUUUCAUGAAAUAUAUUUUCUUAUUGUUGUGUACAACGGCCCAAGUUAAACAUUUCCUGUUCCAGUAUUUACAGUGUGGUUUUAUGGCAACUGCUUUUCUUGGACAUUGAAAAAUGCGUUCUGGGAGAUACAAGGCAUUAAAAGGGAACUCCUUAAAAUGAAUACAAGCUUCCAUGGAAAACGUAAAGGAGAGAAAGAAAGAAAUACAUGUAAUCCAGAAUUGUGUUUACACUGGACAGAACAGCAACAAAACCAAUUCAUUCUGCCUAGAGCCCAAUACACAAGCACACAAAAUGGAAGAAUAUAAAUGCUGGAAAAACAUGAAACAUGCUUCCCAUCAGCCAGCAGUCCGUUACUCUCAUAAAUGUGCAUAGUGUAUAGUUUGCUGGGCCAAAGCUGAUCCAGAUACCAAGUGCUAAAGUGGGUAAUAAUUUGUGUGUGAUCAGCUUGCCUCAUUUUUUUUUCUUUUUUUAUUUUGUCCUUGACUCAAAUUCAGGUCAGUGGGAUCGUGGAUCAGCUGAGACAUACCUUAAUCCUUUUCAUCUCUUGACUAUCAGAAUUUUAAAGUAUCUUCAACAGUGCAGAUAAUGUGUUCAACAUUGGACAACUAUAUUUCAUUUUGCAGUAUUUGUGCCAUGAGUUCUUUCUUUUUAUAUUCACAUGUUAAGUGAAGAUGUUGAUAUUUUUGUUAAUCAAGAGAGAUUAAGGGCGGAAUAUAUUAUAUAUGUUCAUGAUUUGCUCAUCAUCUAAAUUCUCUGGUGGAACACUUUGCUUCACCUGUCCACUCUGGUUUUUACCAUCAUAGUGGAUCAUGUAACAAUCUAUUAUGACUUCCUGUGGAUCAUGUUAAACAAAAGUCUUGCUAACAUGCACAAAGACUGAGCUGUGAGGGCAGUGCACACUUUAAGCAUGCCAGUUUAGCAGAGGUUUCAUUCUAUGUGCUAAGAAAUCCAUAUUUACCAAACUCCACAUCCCUCCAAAAGAGUGAAUACAAUCAGAUAUCCUAUCAACAGUCAUUUCAAACACAAAAUUACUGCAGCUGUGAGGCUGAUUCACAAACAGUAGCUGCAACCUAAAACCUCUUUUAUAGUCUUUGUUCUGCAUGGCCUAGCAUAAAAGUACAUAUGUGGACAAAAUAAUGUACUUUCCACCCAGUUUUCAUGUGCAUGAUCAUGAUAGCAGGUACACAGAGGCGUUUCUUUUGUAAACAGCACCAGAGCUCGGAGUGGUUCCUGAACAGUAUGAUGUUGUGAUGUUUUCACGUUGGAAGUCUGAAAAAUAGUCUGGGCCGUGAAGUUUUUGGUCAUUCUGUUUCAAUCUGCAAUCUGAAAGUUUGUAGCAGUGCUGCAGUCUGUAAUAUUCCAUGUUGCCCAAGCACGUAUGACAUUGUAUGAAAAUGUCUCUUUCUUUGACUCUCCUAAAUCUUAAGAAUUAAACCUCACUGAUAUCAGCAAGGGCUGCACAGUGAAGUAGUGGUUAGCCCUUUCGCCUUGCAGCAAGAAGAGCCCCGGUUCAAAUCCCACAGUCCAAAAAUAUGCUGAGGUUGAUUGAUUAUAUGUAGCCUUGCAACAGACUGGCGACCUGUUCAGGUUGUCCCCUGCCUUUGCCCGAGUCAGCUGGGAUAGGCUCCAGCACCCCCCGCGACCCUAGUGAGGAUAAAGCGGUGUAUAGAGGAUGGAUGGACGAUAUCAGCAACAUAUCACAGAUAGAUCCUAACCCACAUACUUGCUGGUAGUUUCACAAAGGCCAAAGAUAUGUUGCAAGUAAUUUAGAAAUUUUGAUGUCAUAUAACUUGUCUGUCAGAGUGUGCUGAAACCUUUCUUGAUAGACUCCAAAUUGUCUUGCUUGAUAGAUAGUUGGGACACAAUUCAGCCAUCCUUCCAAUAUCCGAAAAACUGAAUUAGCCAAUAAAAAAUUUGUAUUGCAAGGUACACUGGAAGAGUUUCAGCCAUUGUUGUGGCCUUCGUCUGCAGAUUAACCAUGUAGCAUAAUGAUAAUGGAUAAAUGAGUAGAUACUAGUAUAUUGCAGAUACAUUAGUAAUGCAAUCUUGUCUUAAGAAAAUGCCAAAAUAUACUCCAAAAGAACAAAUUUAAGACAUUUGGCUCUUCCUUAAAUGUUUGUGUAUUCAGAAUGAAUAUUGCCCAAUAUGCUGUUUGUAUUGUGAAUUGUGUUGCAUAACCAUCCAGUGUUAUUGUCAGCUAGUAUUUUUUGGAUCAGGCAUCAGUACCAAAUCGUCUCCACUUCUGCCAUACAAACACCAUUCGCUGAUGAAUGCUGAGAGAUGUGGCCAAAAACUCGAGACGAUUCUCAGUAAGUUGACUUUUUACUGAGAUUUUGUCAAACUAGUCAAUCAUAAACACUUUUAUUUAUUUAUAUUGUUAAAGAUCUGCAAAUACAUGUAUGUAGUUCUUUCUCGGCAAAAGAUUCGAUUAUGUUUAAGUAUCUCUAUGGCCACACUGGUUGGUACGUUUUGGCUGAAUAAGAGUGGAGACAUUUUCUCAGUAUCAUGAGUGCUUUCUGACUGGAAAAAGACUGAAGUGGAAUAUGUUUCCACCUGCCCUGCUGAAUUCAGUGUAGGUGCUUUAUCUACAUUACUUCCAUCACAGUGUCAUGUGGGAAGUGUAUUUUUUUUCUUUGUUUCAUCUUCUGAUUGACUUAUACACCACUUUUUCAUGUUCACAAGUCCAUGUUGAAGAAUGAUUUCCACACUGAGCCAGAUCUGUAAACAUGUUAUGUAGCACCAACUCUGCACAUGCUCGGUUCCUUCAGUUCUCUGGCUCAGAAGCAGGUGCUAGAGUGCCCCCUACCCCCAAACCUUCCAGCUCAUUGUCAGACUUCUGCAAUCUUCUAACAGACCAUAUCAAUCAGCUUACGUCAGAUGUUUUAACAUCACUUUAGAAGUUUUUUUUUCUUGGUCAAGAUAAGACAAAAUAAACACAUCAUUGCCAUAUUCUUGAAA